AUGAAGAUUGAAAUUGAUUCCUUUUCAGGUUCUAAAAUCUACCCAGGUAGAGGUACUUUAUUCGUCAGAGGUGACUCCAAGGUUUUCAGAUUCCAAUCCUCUAAGUCUGCUUCUUUAUUCCACCAAAGAAAGAACCCAAGAAGAAUCUCUUGGACCGUCUUAUACAGAAGACACCACAAGAAGGGUAUUUCUGAAGAAGCUGCCAAGAAGAGAACCAGAAAGACCAUCAAGCACCAAAGAGCUAUUGUCGGUGCUUCUUUAGAAUUAAUCAGAGAAAGAAGAAACCAAAAGCCAGCUGACAGAAAGGCUGCUAGAGAAGCUAAAUUAGCUAAGGAUAAGGAAUCCAAGAAGGCUGCUAAGGCUGCUAGAAAGGCUGACAAGGCCAAGUUAGCUGCUUCUGGUGCUAACAUUGUCUCCAAGCAACAAUCCAAGGGUGCUUUCCAAAAAGUUCACGCUACCUCCCGUUAA